CGAUAACUUGUCAGGUUUAUGUGAGACCACGCAGCGGAUAUCCGUUCUCUUUUCCGUGGCGGACCGUCUUAGGGUCGGUUUGGCAAAAUGAAGCUGAACAUCUCAUUCCCCGCUACUGGCUGCCAGAAGCUUAUUGAAGUUGACGAUGAUCGUAAGCUUCGUGUUUUCUAUGACAAGCGUAUGGCCACUGAAGUGUCAGCUGACUCUCUGGGAGAUGAGUGGAAGGGCUAUGUGGUGCGCAUCAGCGGAGGCAACGACAAGCAGGGCUUCCCCAUGAAACAGGGUGUGCUGACCCACGGUCGUGUGCGCCUGCUGCUCAGCAAAGGCCACUCCUGCUACCGUCCCCGCAGGACUGGCGAGCGUAAGCGCAAGUCUGUGCGCGGUUGCAUCGUCGACGCCAACCUCAGCGUUCUCAACUUGGUCAUUGUUAAGAAAGGUGAGAAGGAUAUUCCUGGACUGACUGACAGCACUAUCCCUCGCCGCCUUGGUCCCAAGAGGGCCAGCAAGAUCCGCAAGCUCUUCAACCUGUCCAAGGAAGAUGACGUUAGGCAGUAUGUUGUGAGGAGACCCCUGACUAAAGAAGGCAAGAAGCCCAGAACUAAAGCUCCCAAGAUCCAGAGGCUGGUGACCCCACGUGUUCUGCAGCACAAGCGUCGCCGCAUUGCCCUGAAGAGACUGCGCACUCAGAAGAACAAGGAGGAGGCCUCUGAGUACGCCAAGCUGCUGGCCAAGAGGGUGAAGGAGGCAAAGGAGAAAAAGAAGGAAAAGAUUGCCAGGAGGCGCCGCCUUUCAUCUCUGAGGGCAUCUGCAUCAAAGUCAGAGUCCAGCCAAAAGUGAAAUCUAAGUCAAAUAAAAUAACGUUUUUGCUGAAAA